AUGUCGCUAUUCGAAAACACCGCCUCGACUCUUGAGGACCGAUUGCUGUUCGCUGUCCCAAAAAAGGGUCGACUUUCCGAAGCUGCACUGAACCUGCUCCAAGGUGCUGACGUCCAAUUCCGACGCGAAAAUCGUUCCGACAUCGCACUCGUCAAAAACUUGCCCAUCGCACUCAUAUUCCUACCUGCAGCUGACAUCCCUACCUUUGUCGGUCAAGGGCAGAUUGAUUUAGGCAUUACAGGAUGGGACCAGGUCAAGGAACAUGAUGCCUCUGUCCGCCCCGUCGCCGGCGCCAGUGACGAAGCAGAGAGCACGCCGGGCUGUGAUAUGGUGAUGGAACUGGGAUUCGGUUCCUGCAAACUUCAAGUACAGACUCCAGGGAAGGGAAAGCAUGCCAAUGGCAAGGAUCUCAUUGGGAAAACCGUUGCCACCAGCUUUGUCAACCUUACUACGGAGUAUUUUGCACGACUGGAAGCGGAGCAGGCUGGUGAGAGUGCCUCGUCCACCUCCACACGCAAACUGCAAACCAAGGUCGUUACACUCAGCGGCAGCGUUGAAACCGCAUGUGCCCUAGGACUUGCUGAUGGAAUUGUUGAUCUUGUUGAAUCGGGCGCAACUAUGCGCGCUGCCGGGUUGAGGGCUAUUGACACGGUUGUGGAAUCUACAGCUGUACUGGUGAAGUCUCGAUCACCGUCAAAUCCUGACUUGGUUGACCUUAUUGCCUCGAGAUUGCGAGGCGUGAUCACCGCCCAACAGUAUGUGCUGUGCCAGUACAAUAUCGAAAGAUCACGGCUUCCAGAUGCCAGCAAGAUAACUCCUGGCAAACGAGCACCAACUGUCACCACUCUUGAUAGUGAAGGGUGGGUCGCUGUGAGCUCCAUGGUGGAAAAGAAGAAGAUUGCCCUGGUGAUGGACGACUUGGCCCGGGUUGGCGCUCACGACAUUCUCGUCCUCGAUAUUCACAACUCACGCUAA